UCCGGAAGAGCCGGCGCUGGAAUCGGAACGGAGGUGGCUGCUGUGGCGCCGGCUCCCCCGGGAGUGGGUGUCUGACCCCGACCGCGGGCGGCGGUGAGCUGGUCUGCAGUGUCGUAUCAGUUUUCUACUGCACGGCAGAGUCACACACACACCUCUUACACCUGGUCUUCUUGCUGGCUGGCCGCUCCUUCUAAAAAUGAGCUCCCCGAGGCCAGGGCUUUGUCUGUCUGCCUCACGGAUGUAAACCCCGCACCCGGUGGGUGUCACUGGCUGCUCAGGAAGGAAGGAAGGAAUCAGGUGUUCUUGCGACUCCGCAGGGGAGCGCCUCCGGGUCAAGCUAUGGUGGAAGAUGUUUCGGAAAGGCAAAAAGCGCCACAGUAGCAGCAGUUCCCAGAGCAGUGAAAUCAGUACCAAGAGCAAGUCGGUGGACUCCAGCCUUGGGGGGCUCUCCCGGUCCAGCACUGUGGCAAGCCUCGAUACAGAUUCUACCAAGAGCUCAGGACAAAGCAACAAUAAUUCAGAUACCUGUGCAGAAUUUCGAAUAAAAUAUGUUGGUGCCAUCGAGAAGCUGAAACUCUCGGAGGGAAAAAGUCUCGAAGGGCCACUCGACCUGAUAAAUUACAUAGAUGUUGCCCAGCAAGAUGGAAAGUUGCCUUUCGUUCCUCUGGAGGAAGAAUUUAUCAUGGGAGUUUCCAAGUAUGGGAUAAAAGUAUCCACGUCGGAUCAGUAUGAUGUUUUGCACAGGCAUGCGCUGUAUUUAAUCAUCCGGAUGGUGUGCUAUGACGAUGGCCUGGGGGCAGGAAAAAGCUUAUUGGCUCUGAAGACCACAGAUGCCAGCAACGAAGAAUACAGCCUGUGGGUUUAUCAGUGCAGCAGCCUGGAACAGGCACAAGCCAUCUGCAAAGUUUUAGCCACCGCUUUUGACUCUGUGCUGACAUCUGAGAAACCCUGACUUCUGCAACCCAGGGACGUCACCGUCACACGCAAGUUCCGCUUUUUCUCAGCAGUUCUGUUUGCCGCCUUCAGCGCUGCCCUUUUACAGAAAUUCCCAUGAUCCCCUGCUCUAGACCGAAGGAAAUGCGAUGUGUAAAAUAUCAGCCGUUUGUCUAUUAAAACGUGUCUUCCAACAGUGAGUUAACGCUCGACGAAGUGCCCUGUCUCCUGGGACUGAAAAAAGAAACGUCGCCUGUUGCUUUUAAACACAGACGAGCUUAAUAAGCUUUGUGCGGCACAGAAGCGCACCCAGCGAGUGAGGCGUGGAGGACCUGCGAGGACGGGGCCGCCUGUGCUGCAGCGCUGGCCAGUGGUGCGCUCUGGCCGGGGGACCCGAUCACGCUGGUCUGAAACAGUGACACUGCCAACUCAAGACACAGCCAGACUUUGAAAGCGUGUUGUCGUGGAGGUCCUGCCGUACUGUGCACAGUGGGUUAAGGACCCUACUGCUGCAGCUCCGGUUGCUGAGGAGGUGUGGGUUCGAUCCCUGACCUGGCACAGUGGGUUAAGGAUCGGCAUUACUGCAGCUGCGACACAGGUCGUAGCUCUGGCUCUGAUUUGAUCCCUGGCCCAGGAACUCCCAUGUGCUGCGGGUGCAGCCAAAAAAUGUAUGUUGUCCUGGAGUUCCCAUCAUGGUGCCUCAGAAACGAAUCCGACUGGUAUCCAUGAGGAUGUGGGUUCAAUCCCUGGCCGCACUCAGUGGGUCGGGAUCUGGCAGUGGCUGUGGUGUAGGCUGGCAGCUGCAGCUCUGAUUCGACCCCUAACCUGGGAACCUCCAUAUGCUGCGGGUGUGGCCCUUAAAAAAAAAAAAAAAAAGGCAGAAAAGGCAUGUUGUCAGGAUAACAUGCUAGUAAACCACAAUAAUUAUCUCAGGAAUUAAGAAAACUAACAGAUUACUGCUCAUGUUAAAAGGCAUACUAUUUAAAGACUCCUGUAUAGUAGGCUGGUAUAUGUUUUCAAAGGCCUGUUUUUUUAUAUGACGCUUUGCUAAAGAUUAAAAACACUACAACCACCA